AUGUGGGAGGAAUUGGUGGAUUUGAAGCUCAAAUUUAACGAUGGAGAUUGGUUAAUUGGAGGGGAUUUCAAUGCCAUUAAAAAAAGUAGUGAAAGAGUUAGUUGUUCUUUGUCCACGCAAAGAACGAAAUGGGGUGAGUUUUCAAACUUUAUCGAUAGGUGUGGUUUGAUUGAUGUUCCUUGUAAAGGAAAAAAAUUUAGUUGGUUUAGUGGGGAUGGAAAAACAAAAAGUAGGUUGGACCGGUUUCUCAUUGAUGGCAACAUUAUUUCUUCGUGGAGUGUAGCGGGACAACUCAUUGGACAAAGGGAUGUGUCGGAUCAUUGUCCGGUGUGGUUGGUUGUUGAUAAGGAGGAUUGGGGUCCUAAACCGUUCAAGUUUAAUAAUGAAUGGUUUAAUAAUAAGGAGUUUUUGCAUUUCGUGGAGGUUGAAUGGAAGGCGAUCAUAGUUAGAGGGAGAGGAGAUUUUGUCCUAAAGGAGAAAUUUCGUAUCAUUAAGGAUAAGCUUAGAUGGUGGAAUAUCACGGUGUUUGGUAAGUACGAUUUGGAAAUAGAGGAAGGGGUUCGAGAUUUGAAUGAGGCGGACGAAAGCGAUGUCUUAGAUGUUGAUAUUCAAACCAUUAAAAAAAUGCAAGUAGUAGAAUUUGGUUGA